UCCUGAAGUCCUUAUAAAAGCAGAAGUUUUGUCUCAAGUCUUGUAUCAUCACUCCACCACACACACCAUGAAGAGAGCUGCGUCAUUUCUACUGCUGACGGGUCUCUUGGCCAAUGGACAAGAGUUACGCUGGGAGAACACCUACGAUGAGCCUCUAGAUUUUAAGUGCCCCUCAGGACAGUCAAUAUCCUAUAUAAAAAGCCAACAUCACAAUCAUCACGAGGACCGAAUGUGGGAGUUUGGCUGUAAAGACACCUUUGACUCUACUUUAGACUGUUUCUUGUCACCUAAUGUCAAUGAUUUUGACCAGAAAUUCACCUUUGAGUGUCCGCCACACCACAUCAUUACAGGAAUGAGCAGCUACCACAACAACAAGCAUGAGGACAGACGGUGGCAGUUUCACUGCUGUAGAAGUAACAACCACUGUACAGCUGACUGUGAGUGGACUCCUUUUGUGAACUACUUUGAUGAGUAUUUCCACUGGACAGUGCCAAACCAUAACUACCUGGUGGGUGCUGAAAGCUACCAUGAAAACAAACACGAAGACCGGCGCUGGAAGUACAAGUAUUGCACCAAAGUGCAAUGCUGAGACUCUCACAAAUUCCCCCAAGUGCAAAAACAUUCAAACUCAAAUUCAAAAUGGAAAUGUUGUCAUUAUUGACCUAAGAAUUUAAGGUGAAAAAAAUGCUGAUCGGUCUAAGACUGUAAAUGUAUAUGAAUGUCUGUAAAGUCAUUUUUGCACUUAUCAAUAAAAUCAGGUGUUCUGAAUAA